CAGCGGCAGCAGUUGGUUUUUUUGCAGCAUAUAUAUGCCAUAGAAUACAAGUACAAAGACGUGAAACGAGAGACGACGAAGACGACAAUGAAGAGACAAAUGGAAUGGUAACUGGACAAGAUUCACAAUCACGAGUGGAGACACGUCGAACAGGGACAAAUCAAGAAAGAGAUCAAAGGAAUCUUGCCUCUAGGUUAUUUAGGAGUGUGAUUAUUCCAAAAAAGAAAACCAUUUCAAUAUCAAUGAAGAAUACAUUGCUAUGGAAUCCAUCAUCAGACCCAGACAAUCCAAACCACGCAUUCUUCGAAAACAUAAUUCCUUUUCUUAACCAACUUGCACAAUUAUACGUGAUUUAUCUUGUUUGUCCGGUUUCAAGCAUACAGGAAAAAGAGCAAAUUCUCACACUAUUUCGAAACGCACAACAAUUUAGCAAUAAUGUUAUUGAUGAACGAAGGGUUUUGUUCUGUGAGACAGAAGAAGGAAAAAUUCAUAUAAUCAGACAUCUUGAGACGAAUGUUCACGUUGAAGGAGGAGUUAACGGAGAAGAAUGCAUAGAAAUGGUUAGAGGCUUUGUAGGUAGUGUUAUUUGGUUAUUGCAUGGAGAUAAUUGUAGUAGAAAUGGGGCAUGGACGGAAAAUAGUGAGAUGAAAUCAAAUGUUGACAGGAGUCAAUGGACCAAUGUCGAA